AUGGGUGAAGUGACGACCACGUCACUCGCCGUGGCCAUUUCGGCCGCAGCCGCUGCUGCAUACAUCAUACAGCGUCAGCAAACGAAAAAGAAACCCCAAAAAAAGCUUCCAUUUCCCACAUCGCGGACGCCACUCAAGCGCGUGCCAUUAGACGAAUUACCAGAGCUAAAAAACGAUCUACUGCUUCGUGCUCUACGUGGUGACCACACGGAGCGCGUGCCCGUGUGGUGCAUGCGCCAAGCCGGACGACACCUGCCAGAAUUUCGUGAGCUUCGCGAUAUGGGCUACGACUUUUUUACGAUGUGUGGAGUGCCCGAAUUAGCCGUGGAAGUGAGCUUGCAGCCGUUGCGGCGUUAUCAUAUGGAUGCGGUCAUCAUCUUUUCGGACAUUUUAGUGAUUCCACAAGCCAUGGGAAUGAUUGUCAAGAUGGUCCCAAAAAUUGGACCAGUGCUGCCUGAUCCGAUCCGUACGCCAGAGGACAUUGACAAGCUCAAUUUAAAUCCAGACAUUGAUGAGACACUGGGUUAUAUGCUGGACGCCCUUAAUUUGGCUCGACAAAAGAUCAAUGGCGAAGUGCCACUCAUUGGAUUUGUUGGUGCCCCUUUGACUCUUAUGUGCUACAUGAUUGAGGGAAGCGGCAGUCGUACAAAAGCUCUACUUAAGACAUUUCUGUACCAGCAUCCAGAUGCAGCUCAUAAACUGCUACAGGGCAUUACGACUGUAUGUGUGAACUUCAUGCUGGCACAACAGCGUGCAGGAGCCCAAGCGCUGCAGGUGUUUGAGACUGUGGGGGCCGAAGCGCUGACUCAAGACCAUUUUUACGAGUUUGUAUACCCGUAUUUAGUCCAAAUUGCAGACCGUGUCAAGGCGGAGAUUCCCAACACGCCGCUUAUGUGCUUUUGUAAGGGAACACAGUAUGGGUAUGAGAAGCUUGUAGCUACAAAGUACGACUGCAUUGGUCUUGACUGGCAAUCAGAUCCAGUUUCAGUGCGUCAAAUAGCUCGUGGUCGCGUCUCGCUACAGGGAAAUCUUGAUUCAAGCGUUAUUUACGCAUCUACUGACAUAAUUUACGACGAGGUCAAGAAGAUGCUCAAGCGCUUCGGCACACAGAAGUACGUGGCUAAUCUAGGCCAUGGCUGCUUCCCAGAUAUGAAGCCGGCCCAUGUAGAUGCUUUUAUCAAGGCAGUGCAGCAGAUUUCUCUAGAGAUGAACGCGCGUUAA